AUGGAUCAGAGUUUGAAAGAUGCUGCUCUAUGUCAACGAGAGAUACGAGAAUUAAUUGAUAUUGAUCGAGCACGGAGACAUCAUCAAGAGUAUAUUUCAACUUUAAGAAAACUAGGCAUCGAUGUUAUUGAAUUAGCAGCUGAUGAAAGUUUGCCAGAAGGUGUUUUUGUUGAAGAUACAGCAAUGAUUUGCGAUGGAACAGCAUUGAUAUGUCGACCGGGACUCGCUAGCCGAUUGAAAGAGGUGGAUAUUAUUCGUACAACACUGAGAAAAGAGGGUUUAACAAUUGUUGAUAUCAAAGAUCAGGCGGCCACAAUUGAUGGUGGUGAUGUAUUGUUCACAGGUCGUGAAUUUUUUGUUGGUUUAUCUAAACGAACAAAUUUAGCUGGUGCAAAAGCCGUUGCAUCAACAUUCCCUGAAUAUCCUACUGCCUUAUUGAGGGUUCGUAAAGGUUGCCAUUUGAAAAAUUUUAUAUCUAUGGCUGGUCCUGAUAUGAUUGCUGUGGGCGAUUCAGAUGUAGCAAAAGAUUUAUUACGACAAAUGGAAGAAAUGAGUGAAUAUAAAGAAUACAAAACCAUCACAUUACCAAAUGAUCCGGCAGCCAAUUGUAUUUUUGUCAAUGGAACAAUUCUUCAUUUGCCAGCUGAACAAUAUCCAGAAAGUAUUAAAAUUUUGACUGAUCGCAUAUCAACGUCUCAUAUUGAGUUGCCAAACAGUGAAUUUGCGAAAGUUGAUAAUGUGUUGUCUAGUCGAUGUUUAUUAUUUAAUAGACCAAAAUAUCGCCCUAUUCGCUCUUAA